UAUUGCCCUUUAAACUUUCUUUCUUUUUUUUAAACUUCGACCAAACACAGAGAUCGUCACUGCAAAAAAAAGAGACACCAAAGAUGUCUUAUCACCUCAUUAUCUUUAAACUUGUUGGGGGGGAAAUUGAGGGUUCAGGAGGUUAAACGUGCUGUUCAUCAGAGAUCCACUAGGUGGCAAUCUUAGUUUGUGAAAGCAACACAUGGGGACUGAGAGCUACCUGUUGGAUCACACUUUGUGUAACAAUAAUAAUCUUGGGCUCCUCUCGUGAAAUCACAUCUGGACCUUUGAGCUGAACCAGACAAGUAUUAAUCCUGACGUAGAGGGUGAUGGAUGAUGAAAUGGCCUCAAUUAAGAUGCUGCACGCCUGUAAUCUCAUGUAAUCUGGCUGUUUCUGCGCGAGCAGGCACAGAAUCAUCCUCCACAUUCUCACAGGCAGGAGCGGACACACAAUAAACACCUGCACAACCUGGCGCAAUCUCACGCAACACCCAUGGGAGCUGCGAAAAGGAGCUGAUCCUCGACAUGACUCAGACUAUGUGUGCAGGUCAGCAUGGCGACCCGGACCUGAACGCGUAAAAAAUACAUUUCAGCCUACAGAGAAAUGUCAAUCUUAUCCGAGGUAUGAUUCAAACGUCUCUCUCACACGCACACACACACACGCACUUCAUCAGCCCGUCCGUCCUCUCAGUCUGAUUAGAGGGAGUGGUUCAAUAAUGCGCCAACCUCCGCCGGCAGCCGAAGAGUUAAAUCUGCCGAGGCUGUUGUUGAGCGCACCAUCCAACCGGGCUGUGUCGCUAAGGGAAGGAGACUUGAGGAGAAGCAACAGAUCUCCCUCAGCUGGAAAAACAACCGCACAUCUGGCCCGAGGAGCUGAGGACAGACACCUGGACCGCUGUCAGGCUGCCUCGCCUCGUGUGGAGGAAAAGGAAAAGUUGUCAGGGAUAGUUGUGGAUUUUUUUUUUUAUCAUUAUUAGUUUUUUGUUUUUUUUUAUGUGCAGAAUUUGGACGAGAUUUGUGGAAAAGUGUCUCAUCCUGUCGCUCCGUGCCACCGCGCGUAAUUAGACAUUUGCGUGUUUGUUGUUUUUGUUUUUUUGGUUGUUUUUAUUUAAAAAAUAAGCUACAACCUUGUGCUCACUGGCUGUGACUGAGUGCAACAUCUGGAAGCAUCGUCUGAAGGGUUAGGGUUGUGUUCACACGCACGGUGAGCCACGGAACCAGCCUGAGUUCAGUAACAGGUGGUUUCGCACUUUGCCACCUCGUAUUUCUGGGUCAAUGAGACGCGCGGGUCCUUCUGAGACUCGAGGUCUGAAAUGAGGGCACACUUUGCGUUGAUUUUCUGAUCGUCUCUUCGCGAGCGGACACCAGUUUGUAAGGAAGAAGGACCCUGCCUUUCAAUGAUAAGCUCGGUGUGUGUUUCGUCGUACCGCGGGCGCAAGUCGGGCAACAAACCGCCGUCUAAAUCAUGCCUGAAGGAGGAGAUGUCCAGAGGGGAAGACUCAGACAAAAUCAUCAUCAACGUGGGAGGCACUCGACAUGAGACCUACAAGAGCACCCUGAGGACCCUGCCGGGGACGCGCCUGGCCUGGCUCGCCGACCCGGCGGACUCGCAGGUCAGCUCGGACUCGGACGCUGCGCCCCCGAGCGUCUCCGAGUUCUUCUUCGACAGACACCCGGGCAUCUUCGCCUACGUGCUCAACUACUACCGGACCGGCAAGCUGCACUGCCCGGCCGACGUGUGCGGGCCGCUCUUCGAGGAGGAGCUGGCGUUUUGGGGGAUCGACGAGACCGACGUGGAGCCGUGCUGCUGGAUGACCUACCGGCAGCACCGGGACGCGGAGGAGGCUCUGGAUAUAUUCGAACCGCCCGACCCGGACGACACCGACGACGAGAGAGAGAUACCGAGACGGUUCGGCAUCGAGGACUGUCCGGACAGGUCGAGGGGCUGCUGCGAAGUUUGGCAGCCGAAGGUCUGGGCCCUGUUCGACGACCCGUACUCGUCCAGAGCAGCCAGGGGAGUUGCGCUCGCCUCUCUGUUUUUCAUCCUGGUGUCCAUCACCACCUUCUGCCUGGAGACUCACGACGCCUUCAAUGAACUGCAUAACCGGACGGAGCUGGUUGUCAAGGGCAACGAAACACACGAAGAGCAGAGAGUAGAGAUAGUGACCAAACCCAUCCUCACCUUGGUGGAGGGCAUCUGUGUGGUCUGGUUCACAUUUGAGUUCCUGGUGCGAAUCAUCUGCUGCCCAAACAAGCUGGUCUUCAUCAAGAACACACUCAACAUCAUAGACUUUGUGGCCAUUCUGCCGUUCUACCUGGAGAUGGGCCUGAGCAGUCUGUCAUCCAAGGCUGCCAGCGACGUGCUGGGCUUCCUCCGCGUGGUGCGGUUUGUUAGGAUACUGCGGAUCUUCAAGCUGACGCGGCACUUCGUGGGUCUGCGAGUGCUGGGCCACACGCUGAGGGCCAGUGUCAAUGAAUUCCUCCUUCUCAUCAUCUUCUUGGCACUGGGCGUACUCAUCUUCGCCACCAUGAUUUACUACGCUGAGCGCAUCGGAGCCAAGCCCGACGACCCCAGAGGAACGAAGCACACACACUUCAAGAACAUCCCCAUCAGCUUCUGGUGGGCAGUUGUCACCAUGACGACACUGGGCUACGGGGACAUGUUUCCUCAGACCUGGCUCGGUAUGAUGGUGGGGGCUCUGUGCGCGCUGGCCGGGGUGUUGACCAUCGCUAUGCCGGUCCCCGUCAUCGUCAAUAACUUUGGGAUGUACUACUCGCUGGCGAUGGCCAAACAGAAGCUGCCGAAAAAGAAGAAGAAGCACAACCCGAACCCAGACGCUCCGACCGACUCGGCCUCGUUCGGGAAGUCAGAAACCAAUUCACGCAGAGACAGCACACAGAGUGACACGUGUCCACUGGCUGCUGAGGAGAGCGUCAGCAGGAACCGCUCAGACUCGAAACAGAAUGGGGAUGCAAAUGUGGCCCUUUCAGAGGAGGAAGGCUGCAGCUUGACCCAGCCGCUGUCCCCCAGCGAAAAGUGGUCCCUGCGGUGCUCCCGGGGGCGAGACAAGACUAAGAAAGAGUCCACUUGCUUCCUCCUGACCUCCGGAGACCCCAACGUCCAUACUGAGAGCUGUAAAGACAUCCUCGCCGCCACUGGAAACUACGCUCAGCCGGAGGUCACCACUCUGACCUGACGCUGACUGGCUGUGAAAAGACGAGAGAGCAUGAGUUGGCUGCGGAGCACACGCUGUGCAGAGCUGCAGCUCCGCUCCCUGCUUUGUUUCCUUUUCCUGAAUGAACUGCAGGCGGAUUCUUUUUUCCUUCAAGGCAACAUUUUUGUUUUGCUUUUCAUUUCUGUCACACAUCCCCCAAAAACCCUGUGGUACAAAAUCAGUUGCAUAGCAGAUGUAUCGUAUUUACUCUCAUUUUACGUGUUACAGACAUUUUGCAUGUGUUGCAUGAUCUAGCAUCGUAUGACGUACUUUAAAGCCUGGCUGCCAUUUGUAUGGUUGUCGUUGAGUGGACGUCUCAUAGUUUGUCUUAAACACCCCGAAGACCCUCAGUUAGCUUCUUGUAAUGGGGUCCUGACUUCACAGUACUUCUUUUCAUACUCUUCUCAUUGUUGAAAUGUGAUAUCAUGUGUCAUUUGAACCAGAAUCUGUUGACAAUUUCUGAUCAAACCCAAGUGUAAAACCAACAUUACGUCACCUGUUGGUGUGUAGACUACCGUUUUGUAGUCUGUCUUUUUUUGGCCAUCGCAGUCUUAAUUUUUCGGAGCCAGAAGUGACCAUAUUUGGGCGAGAGGGGUUGAGCUGGGGAGGACAUCCUGACUGGAUCUGACUGAGAACUCCAGGACAUGCUGUAGUAGCGACUUAUCAAUCACAAGAUAGCCAAGCCAUAAAGCGUACCCUGCUUUGGUAUCUAUGAUACUUGAAAAGGCAACAUCAUUUACAAAGUGGACAUUGUGCUGUGCUGAGGAAGACUUUCAACUAGCGAUCGAGACCAUAAAUUCACUAAGAAACUGUUUACUGAGGUAAUAAAUCAAGUAGAAAAUCAUUGGGUUAUUUUCGCAUGAGCUUACACACAAUCUGAAUUCUAUUAGCAACCAGUGGCGUCGCCCCACUGCUGCCCAUUAGCAGGAGUUCAGGUUUAAAGCACCAAUGUACAGCGUCCUGAUAAAGUUCUUAAAGCUCGUAAACUCUCGAUGAAUAAUAACUAACUUACGAAAUCUUUGUCCAACUUUGACUUUGCUUAUUUAGUCGUCAAUUUUUAUGUUCCUGAAUUUAUGAAUAAUGUAAUAAAGAAAGCUUUGAUAGAAAGUUUUCAGGGGCUUUAAUCUGAAGUGGGUCUGUGCAAACCGUCUGAAAACACUUCUUCUUUGCAAUUGUUGACGUGAGUCUUAUUUUAUUUCGGACCAAUAUGUACAGAAACUGUCGUUUUUUAACGUAAAAAAACAAAAACAAAAAACAAAAACAAACAAGAAAAGGCCACUGACAUUUUGAAUAACCUAACCCUAACCCUAUCCAUAAAUGUUGUUAACUGUUGUGUAAGAACACCCAAACAUGCGUGGGUUUGUACAGCGAUAACUGUAACUGUGAACUAGAAUUAGAUGCGAACUUGAAAUUGUCGUCCGGUCGUCAUCAAAACAGACCCAGAGUUCUCCGUCGAUCGUCCGGUCUCCGCCUUCUGUCACUGCCACUGCUCUCUGAACACUGACCACAGGGACAACGUGCAGACACUCUGGAGAGACACAGCGUGGCCUGAAUGCUGCUCAGGCAACUAACUGUUUGUAAAAAAAAAAAAAAUCCUUGUACAGUGAGAGAGUUUCAACAAAAGAAGAAACUUUCAAUGGAGCAGUAUUGUUGAACACAUACUCCUGGUUGAGUCUGGACCAAAUGUAGACGCUUAGAUUACAUGGUAGAUUUUCAGUACCAUCAUACAUGCAGUGCCACGCCAUCAGUUCCACUUGUGCCUCAUGUUGAGUAAUGGAGCUAAAAUGUGUGCAGUAAUGUAAUUAGAUGUGUAGAAACCCCGUUCCAUGUUUCCAGUAGGAGAGGAGGAGGAGGAGGAGGAGGAGGAGGAGGAGUGUGGUUUCUUUCACUUGAUAUAUUCCUCAUGGUCUACCAUAGUGGCCUUAUGUUUAAUAAACAAAGGGAAAGUUGGUUUCAUCUUCAUUUAGACUCCAGCUUUGUUUCUCUGCUGGCCUGUAAGUAUCUAUGAGCACAGCUGUACGUACUGUAUGUAGCACAGUGCAUUAUUCUGGAUCCACUCUCCUCUGUGUGUGACAUGUAUCAUGAAAUAGCUGUUAACCAAUAACGAAAGAUUAUUAUUUUGAUAAUUCACCUUUAAUGCCUCAUUUCCUGUUUCCCCUCUUGUAUAUACUCGAAUGUGACAGAGAAGCACACAGCACAUCAGUUUCAUAUCUCGCCAUUAUGGAUUGUAUAGGUGACUGUGAUGGAUUUAAACUGUCAGAUGUCGUGUGUGUGUGCGUGCGUGCGUGCGUGUGUGUGUGUGCGUGUGUGUGAUGUUGUAUUAUGUAGGCAUGUGUUUCUAUGCAGAAAUAGAAAUAAAAUUCAUUCCCCCUCCUG